UGUCAUCAGAGAGUUCAUACAGGAGAAAAGCCUUAUCAAUGUAGUGAAUGUGGAAAAUCUUUUACAAUGAAGACCGUCCUUCAUCGUCAUCGGAGAGUUCAUACGGGAGAAAAUUCUUUUAUAUGCAGUGAAUGUGGAAAAUGUUUUCAAAGUUUCAGUAGUCUCCAGUAUCAUCAGAGAGUUCACACUGGAGAAAAGCCUUAUCAAUGCAGUGAAUGUGGAAAAUCUUUGAAAAGUAGCAAUGGUCUCCAAUAUCAUCAUAGAGUUCAUACAGGAGAAAAGCCUUAUCAAUGCACUGAAUGUGGAAGAUCUUUUACCGGUAAGACCGAUUUUCAUUGUCAUCAGAGAGUUCACACAGGAGAAAAGCCUUAUCAGUGCAGUGAAUGUGGAAAAUCUUUUACCACGAAGACCAGCCUUUACAGUCAUCAGAGAGUUCAUACGGGAGAAAAGCCUUAUAAAUGCAGUGAAUGUGGGAAAUCUUUUAAAAGUAGCAAUGGUCUCCAAUAUCAUCAGAGAGGUCAUACUGGAGAAAAGCCUUAUCAAUGCAGUGAAUGUGGAAAAUCUUUUACCAGAAAGACUGACCUUCAUCGUCAUCAGAGAGUUCAUUCGGGAGAAAUGCCUUAUAAAUGCAUUGAAUGUGGGAAAUGUUUUAAAAGUAGAAUAGGUUUCCAAUAUCAUCAGAGAAUUCAUACUGGAGAAAGGCCUUAUCAAUGCAGUGAAUGUCAAAAAUCUUUUACCACUAAGCACAAUCUUCAUUUUCAUAAGAAAGUCCAUACGCAAGAAAAACCUUAUAAAUGCAGUGAAUGUGGGAAAUCUUUUACCACUAAGUACAAUCUUCAUUGUCAUGAGAAAGUCCAUACUCGAGAAAAACCUUAUAAAUGCAGUGAAUGUGGAAAAUCUUUCACAUGGAAGUAUGGCCUUCGUUAUCAUCAAAGUCUUCAUACAGGAGUAAAGCCUUAUAAAUGCAGUGAAUGUGGAAAAUCUUAUAAAAGCAGAAGUGGUCUCCUAUAUCAUCAGAGAGUUCACAAUGGGGAAAGCCAUUAUGAGUGCAAUUAAUAUGAGGUGCUACUGUCUCCCACCCACUUGCCUGGCAGGGCACCUGAUGAAGUCCUGAGCCCGGCCUGACCCUGUCCGACUGGCACCCAGCAUCCGGAACCAGAUGUGCAUGGAGAUCUCCAGUGCUGGAUUGGGUGGUGGGCAGAAUGGACAGCACAGCGCUACCCUCCCAGGGCCGUGUUCCAGAAAAGGGCAAGUUCGACAAAGCCUGCAAAGCAGUAAGAGGAUUGCAGUUCCUAUAGCUACCGCGAUGCCACUGAAAUGAGGCAAGUGGGAGAGCUGGUGGGUUACUGACAGAGUGGUGGCGGGAAGAAGGUGCCAUCCGAGUUGUGAGAGGAGGUGGCCCUGGGAACACCCUGGGGGGAGUGUUCUAGGAAGAAGGAACAGGGAGUUUGAAGGCCCCCCACACGGGCAGGGGAUUGGCACCAUCAAGGCAUGGAAAGCAGGUGGCUGUGGCAUCAUGAAUGCCGUGUGGUGUGGGAGGGAGGAGUGUGAGCAGGGACCGAUGAGGAGAGGUCUACAGGUGAUGAAGUGGAGUUGAAGUGCAUCAUGGUUGCCUUAGUGGCCACUUAAGGAUGGUCUUUCUUUGAGGUGAGAGGAGCCAGAAUGCCCUAUGAUGGAAGAUGACCUGGUUCUACACAAGAAAGACAAGAAUUCUUGUCCUUUGGGGGUGACAGGCUCUCAGUGGUAUGCAGGCAAGAAACCAACAAGGAAUUAGAAUGCACAAGAUGCCAGGAGUCAUGGGUCCAAUAUAGAGAAAUGGGAAAGCGGGAGGCGGGGGGAAGUUGGAGGUGUGGUGUUAGAUAGAAUGGCCCGAGUAGGCCUCUCUGGGAAGGGAGUCCUGAGGAAGGUGAGGGGAAGGACAUUGCAGGCAGAGGGAACUGCAAGUGCAAAGGUCCUGGGACAGGAGUGUGCCCGGCGCAUCAGAUAGCAGGGAGACCCUGUGUGUGGAGCAGGUGAGUGGAGAUGAGGUCAGUGGGCCUCGUGCCCAGGUCAUGGUAGGACUGGGGGGCCUGUCAGCCAAAGUGAAUGACAUGACCGGAGCACCCCCUUUCACAGGACCGCCACUCUGUCUGCGGUGCUGAGAACUGGCACUGGGGGCCAUGGGAGGAGGCAGCUCGGAAAUUGUUAGAGAGGUCCAGGCAGGUGAUGAUCAGGGCAGAGCCGUGCAGGUGUCCAGCAGAUGAGUCUUUUUGGAUAUACAUUAACGUAGGAGAACCAAGACUGUAAUCCAGCCCAGUGGUGUGACUCAGAGGUUGAG